AUGACCUUUGUCAUUCAAUUUUUCUUUUCCUUUCCUCUUUUAACGUUUUUUUCACUAUUUUUUCAUUCUUUUCUCUUUUUUUUUUUUUUACCGUUAACCUUUCUUUCUAUAUUUCUUUCUGUUUUUCUAUCUUUCUGUAUCUUUAUAUCUUUCUUUCUAUCUAUUUUUCGUUUUAUCUUUCUUUUUUUAUCUAUCUUUCUUUCUCUCUAUUUUUCUAUCUUUCUCUUUAUCUAUUUUUCUUUCUUUCUACUUUUCUUUCUACUUUUCUUUCUUUGUAUCUUUCUUUCUACCUUUUCUAUAUAUCUGUCUAUUUUUCUUUGUAUCUUUCUUUUGUCUAUUUUUCUUUCUAUCUUGCUUUCUUUCUUAAUCUUUCUAUUUCUAUUUUUCUUCAUUUUUAUUUUUUCCUUUUUGUCUAAACAUUUUCUUUCUUUUCUCUUUUGUUUUCUUCGUCUUUGUUCGUUUAUUGCCGAUGGUGGCAUCGGGAAUCGUGACCGAAUGAGGAUGGUCUCACCCUCUCCUUCAUACCCUCCAUUACCCAAUAAUCAAUCUCCGACAUUCCCGUCACUCAGCAACCCUGGCUGGAAUCUACCGAAAUACACAUCCCUAACAUCUAUCUAUCUAUCUAUCUAUCUAUCUAUCUAUCUAUCUAAUGUGUGGCUGUAUCUCUGCUCUAUUCCUAUGCAUAUGCCUCUGUUCAUAUCUAUCUAUCUAUCUAUCUAUCUAUCUAUCUAUCUAUCUAUCUAUCUAUCUGUCAAAAGAUUACAAUAA